AUGGGCGAUAUGGAUCAAUUCAUAAACAACUUGAAGGCCCAGCUUAAUUCAGAAAGUGGCUCAAUGCAUGUAUUCAAACAGGUCACUGGCUCUGUUCAAAUCAGAGAUCCCCCAAAGACAGCAGCAGGCAGAGGUAAUAUGACAUCUCUACCAUUUCUGGAUGCCAACCCCAUGGAGAACCCAGCACUGUUUAAUGACAUCAAGAUCGAGCCCCCAGAAGAACUUCUGGCCAAUGAUUUCAGCCUGCCCCAGGUGGAACCAGUCGACCUUUCCCUUCACAAGCCCAAGGCUCCUCUCCAGCCUGCCAGCAUGCUGCAAGCGCCAGUCCGCCCUCCCAAGCCACAGCCAGCUCCCCAGACUCCUGUCAUGUCCACUUCGUCAUCUGAUGCAGGCACUUUAGCAAACAUCCCUACCGUUCUGACUCCAGGCCCUAUCCUGGCCUCCUCUCAGGGCACUGGUGGCCAGCAGAUCUUCCAUGUGAUUCACACCAUCCCCUCGGUCGGUCUGCCAAAUAAAAUGAGUGCCCUGAAGACCAUCCCGGUAGUGGUACAACCGCUGCCCAUGGUGUAUACUGCUUUGCCUGCAGAUGCGAACCCUGCAGCCAUUACAGUCCCACUCAUUGGAGGAGAUGGCAAAAAUGCUGGAUCAGUGAAAGUUGACCCCAUGUCUAUGUCUCCACUGGAAGUCCCAAGUGACAGUGAGGAAAGUGCAAAUGAGAGUGGAUCCUUGGCCUUACAGGGACUGCAGCAAGAACCAGCAGCAAUGGCCCAAAUGCAGGGAGAAGAGUCCCUUGACUUGAAAAGAAGACGGAUUCACCAAUGUGACUUUGCAGGAUGUAGCAAAGUAUACACCAAAAGCUCUCACCUGAAAGCCCACCGCAGAAUCCAUACAGGAGAGAAGCCUUAUAAAUGCACCUGGGAUGGCUGCUCCUGGAAAUUUGCUCGCUCGGAUGAGCUCACUCGCCAUUUCCGCAAGCACACAGGCAUCAAGCCCUUCCGGUGCACAGACUGCAACCGGAGCUUUUCUCGCUCUGACCACCUGUCCCUGCACCGCAGGCGCCAUGACACCAUGUGA